UUCUCCGCGGCUCCUCGGACCGCGCGCUAUGGAGGCGGAAGCGAACCUGUUGCGCCAGUUCCCGCUCCUUCUGCCCCAGAACCGGGCCAGAACCGUGUAUGAGGGAUUCAUUUCGGCUCAGGGAAGAGAUUUCCACAUUAAAAUAUUGUUGCCUGGAGAUUUACAACUGAAAAAUGCAAGAUUACUAUGCAGUUGGCAGCUGAGAACAAUACUUAGUGGAUACCAUCAAAUAAUACAACAGAGAAUGAAGCACUCUCCUGAUCUAUUGAGCUUUAUGAUGGAGUUGAAGAUGGUCUUGGAAGCUGCUUUAAAGAACAAACAAGAGCUCUCUAUUCCACCUCCUCCGCAGUUCUACUCAAGUGUUAUUGAAGAUCUAGGAGUUUUGGGUUGGGAUAAACUUGUUUAUGUGGAUUCUUGCUUCAGUACCAUCAAGUUAAAAGCUGAAGAUGCUUCUGGUAGAGAGCAUCUUAUCACUCUCAAAUUGAAGCCGAAGUACCCUGCAGAAUCACCUGAUGCUUUUGUGGAUUUUCCAGUCCCUUUUUCUUUUUCUUGGACACCACAGAGCUCUUUAUUAAGUAUUCAUAGUCAGUUUUUGACAGCAUUAGAAUCACUGAAGGUAUUUUGGGAUGUUAUGGAUGAAAUCGAUGAGAAGACUUGGGUUCUUGAGCCAGAAAAACCUACACGGAGUGCGAAAGCACGAAGGAUUGUCAUAGGGAAUAAUGCUUCAAUAAACAUUGACGUAGACCCUCGGCAUCCGACGAUGCUUCCUGAGUGCUGUUUUCUUGGAGCGGAUCAUGUAACAAAACCCUUGGGAAUCAAGCUGAGCAGAAACAUACAUUUAUGGGAUCCAGAAAAUACUCUAUUACAAAAUUUGAAAGAUGUUUUAGAAAUUGAUUUUCCAGCUCGAGCUGUCCUAGAAAAAUCAGAUUUUUCUAUGGAUUGUGGAAUUUGUUAUGCCUAUCAACUGGAUGGUGCCAUUCCCGAUCAAAUGUGUGAUAAUCCAAAGUGUGGACAACCUUUCCAUCAAAUAUGCUUAUAUGAGUGGUUGAGGGGACUACUGACUAGUAGACAGAGUUUUAACAUCAUAUUUGGUGAAUGCCCUUACUGUAGUAAGCCAAUUACCUUGAAAAUGUAUGGGAGGAAAUCCUGAAAAAAAAAAAAAAGAAUAUGGCAUGCUCAUAAAGAACUGGAAAUUUGAAAAAUUAUCUUCAGAAAAAAUAUAUAGCAAACCACACCAAUAUCAAAAGACAGAAAAUGAUGGCAAAAUAAUACAUAUCUGCCUUUGUCUCUUCACUAAGAGAAAAUCUUGUGGAACUUUGUAAGUCUGUGACCUGCAUAGCAGUUGUAGAAGUAUAUGUGUCCCAAGACGGAAAUCUUGACUUGUUGAGUCUAUAUGGACUGGUAAAAUCUUGAUGAGGUUCAUAAAAUGAAUUUGGCAACUGUGUAUUGCUGGAUUCUCGUGAAGAACUUUUUACUUCAUUGAAAAAUUCUUGAGACUGAGAAUAUUUUUGUCUUCUCCUUGUGCUUUCCUACGGAAAAAUACAUAUGUAGCUUGUUAAUAAUGGUUUCAA